AUGGCCGGACACAGGCCCUCAAACCACUUCUGCCCCCUUCCAGGCAGCGGUGGGGGCGGCCCCAGAGGGCCAGUGCCCCUGCGGGGUGACACCCUGACCUGGUUGAGCACCCAGGCGGCCCCUGGCAGGGUGAUGGUCUGGCCAGCAGUCAGGCCAGGGGUCUGCCCAGACCCUGAGGUGUGGAGGAUUUCCCCGGGUCCCCUGCCACACGACUUCCGGGGCUGGAUAGCACCCUGCAGGCCCCGUCUUGGAGCUGGUGAGGCAGGGGACUGGUUGCGAAGCCCCUCCGAAGGCGCCCUCUCUGGGCCCUACAUUGCCCUACGGAGCAUCCCCAAGUUGCCGCCGCCAGAGGAGGUCUCGGGCAUACUCAAAGAGUUGCAGCCGCUGGCCAAGGAGCUGAGGCGGAAGAGGUUGAGCCUAGGGUACUCACAGGCGGAUGUGGGGAUCGCUGUGGGAGUUCUAUUUGGGAAGGUGCUUAGCCAGAACCGCUUCGAGGCCCAGCAGCUAAGCCUUGCCAACAUGUGGAAGCUGCGACCACUGCUGAAAAAGUGGCCGGAGGAAGUGGAAGCAGAGAACCUUCUGGGCUUAUGCAAAAUGGAGAUGAUCCUGCAACAGUCUCCGAAGUGGAGACGGGCAAGCAGGGAGCGACGAAUCGGAAACAGCCUAGAGAAAUUCUUCCAGCGGUGCCCUAAGCCCACGCCCCAACAAAUCAGCCACAUUGCUGGGUGCCUCCAGCUGCAGAAGGAUGUGGUUCGAGUUUGGUUCUAUAACCGCAGCAAGAUGGGCAGUCGAUCAACCAAUGAUGCUUCCCCACGGGAGGUUGUGGGGACAGCCGGGCCUCCUUGCCCAGGGGCACCAGUGUGCUUUCACCUGGGACUGGGGCUUCCAGUGGAUAUCCUCCACUAUACACCUCUCUACUCUGCGGGGGUAGCCCACCCCUCUGCCGCAGCCACCACUGUGGGCCUCCUCAAACUUUAG